AUGUUCUCCGUUGAGUUUGUAAGUGGGAGGCCUCCCAUGAGUGCACCCUACUACGCGAUUGUCGUUCGAGAACCAUAUGUUGUUGGUCGCGCGAGCCUCUGCGAUAUUGUACUAAAUCAGCCUGACAUUGCGGCCCAACAUGUAUCCCUUUCUGUGAUGAGGCGGAGCAACGCCAAAAAGUUGAUUGAGAAACAAUCAAAGGAUGACGCAAAUGUAUCAAUAUGUGAAAGAAGUUUUCCAGAUCUUAUUAAUGGUGACGAUUGCGGUGCCUCAGGUGACAGCGCUAUCAUGAAGGCGUGUAAUAUGGGAUCUCUUGACAGCGUCGUCGACGGGAGUUUUCUGAACGACACAAAUAACUGUUGUGAGGGCAGGGAAACACAAUCUUCAUGUUGUGGACACAAUGCCCUCACCCACGACCACGGUGAAAAGAAAAGCACAGACACAAAGGUGGUAAAGGAGAGAAAUCCUCUCGUUGUGCUCGUUCGUAGGCUUCCUGAUGGUGGUCGCGUUGCAGUGGGAGCCACCGAAGUGACCGAUACGCAACCGCAUCUUGUUAUGGACGGUGGCCAGUUGUCACUUGGUGAUCGUGUGCGCCUCCGCUUCCGUUUCCGUCCACUCGUCGUAACGGUGUCACGCAGUAGCUUAAGUGGCAGGCAGGCGUGCGACCUCGAGUGCGCGUGCUACCGCCGUGGUGCAACUGUGGUCCCCGGGCUUACUCCAACACGUGAACUUGAUGUACCGCUUCCUGUUGGGCUGCUGCACUGCACGUCUGCCCUCACUCAUGACGACCCCGCGUGUAUUGCUGCACUUGCCUGUGGCUACACCGUGGUGGAACCUGGGUACAUCCCUAAGUGGUUCGCUACUUUGGCGCGCAAUGCAGCAUCACCUUUGGCAGCAACGCCAUUACCAGCGUGCUCUGGCGUUCCAAUACUGCAUGGGGAUGAUUGUUCUUCCGAAGCAGAAUACCUGAGGCCAGAGUGUGAUGAAUCUCCGUUCCCAUUGUACCCUAUUUCCUCUCCGGCGAGGUUGAGUCGCUCACGUAGUGCGCUUUUUGUGGGGCGCAUCUUUUUUUUCCUGACAAGUGCUGUUGAAAAUCGGUACCGCGCGGCUGUUGUAACAUGUGGCGGAAAGGUACAGCAAAUGGAAGAGGUUGUUUUUGCUGUGGCUGCACUGUGCGCUGAUAUGGAUGGGAGGUGGAUAACCAAUAAUCAGCAAGACGAUGCUCACUUGGAACUUGCGUCACUCAAAGGUGCCUGCUACUACGCUGUGCUUGAUCGUGACACGGAGUUGGCUUGGCAGAAUGGGGAUUCGCCAGCCCAGUCAGCCCUCCGGAACCUGUACAGUGAGGCUCAGCGUGUGGGAUCCAAAGUUACAUUGCUCGCAGAGCGUAGCUUGUUUCAGUCCCUUCUCACGAACCGCUUUACUGUUAUUGAGAUCGAUUUGCCCUCAUUCAAAGAAGGCCAUCGUGAUGGUCGGGAGAGCUCACGAGGUGGUGCGACGUUAAACGGAAGGAAAAACCCAUUGGGCGAAGCACCACUGGCAGCUGCAGAGGAUAUUUUUUCAUAUCAAAGCGCUCCGGAUCGUUGGAACGUUAGUGCGCUUUUGGAAGUUUUGAAAAAGAAGCAACCCGAAGAUACGUUGUACACCCCCCGGAGACGGAGGAGGAAUUUUUCGUCGGCUGGAAGGGCCUCCAUCUCUCCCCGUGGUGAGAACGACAUUUCUUCUGUUGUGUCUGACUGUGACUUGCUCUGCCAGCGGGUGCGGGAGUUGGUACGAAAAGAACAGCCCAAACUCCUCGAAAUUCAGGCAGCCUCACGGCGUAAUUUCUUUGUUGAUCCUGGUGUUUCGGCGCAAGUGCAGGAAUGCCGGACGAAGUGCCUACGAUACAUUGGCAAAGCGGAAGAUUUACUGUUGCAUGAUCUGAGAAACCCUUCUAUAAAGUCCGAUCUCGAGGGCUGUAUUAGUAAUUGUCGUGAGGUAUUGGGAGUUGUAAAGGCAAUUGUUGACAUUACCAGCUCUGGAGUGCAAGGUAAGCGGGAGAGCCGGAAUCGCAGCCGAUCUUCCACUAGUGGUGAGAAUCAUUCUCAGGUGACGGUGAGUUCGGCGUCAUCACGGAUGCAUACUUUAGGACAGGUUCCACCUUCCACCGCUGCUCCGGCAAGGACUGGAACUGGGAGCAGUGAGGUUGCCAGGGGAACGUCCCAGCGGUGCUCGCCGUUUCGUGAAGUACAAACUUCACCAAAGCUAACGGCCCCGUCAUUGGGUGUAGGAGGGACAAAGGGAGCCGCUAGGGGGCGUCCGGGUAAACGGCGGCACCGCCGGACCACCGCGCAAUCACCCAACGCAAAGCCUACAGAGACAGAGGUUGCUGCUGUGGAGCCCCCGGGUUUAUGUGUGGGAGCGUUGCGUUCCCCUGGCGGGUCUCCAGCACCUCGCGGCUCCACCCUCUCGCGAUCGACGGGCGAAAUCCACGAGCCGGGUGUUAUGAGAAGGGAAUUGCAAUCAAGUAAAGGAAUGCCUUCCACCUCGAGAUCACACACUGGGCUGGGCCCCAUAACCAAAGCUACUUCGGUGGACUCCCACUCGCAUGCGGUGGGACGAACUUCAUCAUCAUCGCUUUGGCCGAGUGCCCCGCGGAUAGUCUCGUCUCCGAGAGUCUCCCGUGUGGCGCAUCGUCCACAAAAAGUGAAGUAA